UGCGCGCACACACUCAUACACAUACACAGAGCGGCAGGUGGACGAGGCGCGCACACACACACACACACACACCGUGGCGGCAGGCACAGCAGCGGUGCCCGGUGGCCGAAAAAAGAGGGAUGAUUUUUGGUCCUACUUCAGAUACAGUUCAAGUGACAUUAAAACACAAUGUCUUGUACGGGGACGGGGAGACGAGACAGACGACAGUUGAGGAGCCACAGCUUCCUCAUGCUUCAAACUGUCGGGAAAGAACACCACGAACCUCAAAAGGCACCUUUACGUCGACUAAAACUAGACGAAAACCUUUUGAGUUUUGGUCGGACUAAAACUAGACGAAAACUAUCAAGGAUAGAAAUGACUAAAAUGGGACUAAAAUGAAGAAGCAUUUCGUCAAAAUGACGAAGACUAAAACUAAAUCUAAAAUGCCUGCCAAAAACAACACUGUUUCCAAAAGAGAGUUAGAUUUAGAUUCAUCAGACCUCAGGUGAGUUCACAGACAAGUGAUAUUCUUGUGUUCGUCCUCCAGGGGGCAGCAUCCUGAGCACUCGCUGCUCUCAGACGUACGAGACGAAGGCGGCUCUGCUCAGUCUCUUCGGAGUACCUCUCUGGUACUUCUCUCAGUCUCCUCGGGUUGUGAUCCAGGUGAGACACCUGUCCGUCUGUGAGCAGAUCCACCGUGAGUUUAUUCUUAUAUAUUUAUGAACAGCUGAUUUUUAACGCGUCUCCGUGUCUUCACUCGUCUGCAGCCAGACGUCCAUCCAGGGAACUGCUGGGCCUUCAAAGGCUCCAAAGGCUUCCUGGUGAUCCGGCUUUCCAUGAGGAUCCUCCCCACCGCCGUCUCCCUCGAACACAUCCCCAAAACUCUGGCGCCCAGCGGGAUGCUGCUCAGCGCGCCACGAGACUUCAGCGUCUACGUAAGAGAGAAAACGUUGAGUCAGCGUGUUUGUGACGUGUUCAGGGUCUGAUCUGACCUUCAGUUCCUGUAAAUCUGAAGAUCCAAACAGACGAGCAGAGAAGAGUUCAUAAAAUCAUCAUUUUAUAACAUUUUUUUAAACUUUUUUUAACUAAAAUCUUUAAAACAACUUCAGCCCCGACCUUUAAAUAAGUAAUGAAUCAAGAAUUUGAUGUUUUUCCCUUUUUAUUCCAGUUUUUGUUCAUCAUGUCAUAUUUAUUGAUAAAGUCUGCUGGAGAAAAAAAACUCGACAUUUUCACCUCCUUUUCUCGAACCUCGUCCUCGACCAAAUCAAAUACGAUCAAAUUCAUGUGUUCAUAUUAAAUUAAUUUUAUAUAUAAACAUAUAAAAUCAUCAGAUAUCUGUAAGAUGUGAAUCAUUUAUGAGUGUUUAUCCUCCUCUAACUAAAAUCUGAUCCUGAUUACUCUGAUAUAAAAAUAACUGCAUAUUUGAGACGUGAUAUCUUCUCCCCUGAUGAUCUGAAGGACCUGUUCAAAUUUAGAGCCAAAGGAGGGUGGGCGGAGCUAAAAUGACGGAGAACUACAGGAGACACUGAGUUUUUUUAUAAUAUGAAGAAAAAUAAGAACUCUGAGAAAAUUAGAUUUUCCAGUCUUUAAAGAUGAGACUGUCAGCUCAGAAUAAAGAGGAACAAAAAGACAAAUGUCCUCAAAACGGACGGAGGAGGAGUCGAGGGUUAACCCCACCUCUGUGAUGUGUUCAGGGUCUGGAUGAUGAAGGUCAGGAGGAGGGGAAGCUGCUGGGGACGUUCACCUAUGAUGAGGAGGGAGAGUCUCUGCAGACGUAUCCUGUCUCUGUGAGUACCACCUGUGUGUGUGUGUGUGUGUGUGUGUGUGUGUGUGUGUGUGAUAUUUUCUAUGUUCCCUAAAAAUCGUCUCCUUGUUUCCUUCACUCUCUAAUCCUUCUGUGGUUUCAGCUCCUCUCCUUCACUCGUGUUUUAUUCUGAUUCCUCAGGAGGAGAACGAGGAGGCGUUCCAGAUCAUCGAGGUUCAGGUCUUGUCAAACUGGGGUCACCAGGACUACACCUGUCUGUACCGCUUCAGAGUUCACGGGACGCCUGCAGACGUCUGA